CCCCUGUGAAGGGUCCUGAGCCACCCAGAGGGGUGGAACAGCCCCUGAAAAGCGCCAAGCCGCUCUAGAAAGGGUUGAUUCCCAAGUGGAAAGAGGAGCAUGACGGUGGGGGAGGCUGGGGGCAAUGUUGUUCUUGGGUCCCUGGAGAAAAUGAUGUUGGAGGCAGAGGGGAAAAAGGCGCCUGGUGUCCCUCCCCAGGGCGCCGUCAACCUGCCGCUGCAGCGGGACGUGGAGGAAUUCCUGCUGGAGCGCCCCAUCGUGCCCCAGGAGGGCGGCAAGAGGGUGAUCCUCAUCUUCCACUGCGAGUUCUCUGUUGAACGGGGGCCCAAAAUGUGCAAAUUCCUGCGGGAGAGGGAUCGCUCCUGCCACGAGUACCCGCGGCUGCACUACCCCGAGCUCUACGUCUUGAAGGGGGGGUACCGCGAGUUCUUCUCCCAGUUCCCGGGCCACUGCGAGCCCCGGGACUAUCGGCCCAUGGAGCACCCGGCGUUCAAGGAGGAGCUGCGCAAGUUCCGCGGGCAGAGCCGGCGCGGGCGGCGGGCGCUCUCCAUCCUCUGAGCGCCCCGGGAGAACGCCGGAGCUGGGAUUGUGGGAAGCGUUCCCUUGGAUGGGGAUGCACCUCAGCUUGGGCCAGCUUAUCAAUGAGUUUGGGGUGUUACUUAGUGUUAGGUUUGGGCAUUUAGUGUUAGGAUUGGGUUUGCGUUUGUUUAUUGCUAUAAAUAUUUUUCUGUUUGUUGUUAUGAUUUUUUGGUUGUUAGUAUAAUUUUUUAUUGUUAUAAAUAUUUUUGUCUAUUGUUAUAAAUAUUUUUGUGUUUGUUGUUACGCUUUUUUUUGGUUGUUGGUAUAAUUGUUUGUUUUUAUAAAUAUUUU